AGCGCGACGAGAGUGCGCGCCGGGGGCGCGGGGCUGAGCCGAGCCGAGCCGCGCCGUGCCGUGGCGGGGAGCCGGGCUGGCCGGCCAUGGCUGUCUCCGCACCGCCCGUCAUCGCCGCAACUUCCAGCGGCGGCGCGGGGGGCUCGGCGGGCUUGUUCCGGGCGGACCCUCUCUACUCCAGCCCCGCGGAGUCCCCGCGCCUCACUAGCAGCCUCGUCAAUAGUUUUCUCUCUGCCGGCAGCGGCGGGGCCGGCGCAGGCGGCGGCGGCGGCAGUAGUAGUAGUGGUGGUGGUGGUGGCGGCGGCGGCGGCGGCGGUAGUGGUGGCGGCGGCGGGGGCGGCGGCAACGAGUGUAAGAUGGUCGACCUGCACGGGGUGAAGGUAGCUUCGUUCCUCGUGGAGGGGCAGGAGCUGAUCUGCCUGCCGCAGGUUUUUGAUCUCUUCCUGAAGCACCUGGUGGGAGGGCUGCACACGGUCUACACCAAGCUGAAGCGGCUGGAUAUAUCGCCCGUGGUGUGCACGGUGGAGCAGGUCCGCAUCCUGCGGGGGCUGGGGGCCAUCCAGCCCGGCGUCAACCGCUGCAAGCUCAUCACCAGAAAGGACUUCGAAACUUUGUACAACGACUGCACCAACGCGAGCUCACGACCAGGAAGACCUCCCAAGCGUUCGCUAGGAGUUGCCAUACAGGAAAAUGCGCGGCUGCUGCCCCACGGAGUUCCAGGCCUCUUAUCGCCAGGACUUAUCUCUCCGACAGGUCUGACAGCAGCUGCCAUGGCAGAGGCUAUGAAGCUACAGAAAAUGAAACUCAUGGCAAUGAACAGUCUUCACGGUGGUGGGAGUCAAAACGGAACCGAAUCAGAAAACGAAGAGCUCAAUUCUAACGCAGGUGGGAGUGAAUCCUCCUGGGAUAAAGACAAGCUUCAGUCUCCCAUUACAGCAGGAUCACAGCACAGCAUUGGCCAUCCCACCCUGUCAGGGCAGUCGAGCCUUGGAAGCGCACACCCACUCAGUCCUCUCCAGCAGAAUCACCUGCUCACCAACAGGAUAGACCUGCCCUUUAUGAUGAUGCCCCACCCUCUGCUUCCCGUCAGCCUACCUCCCGCUUCGGUUGCAAUGGCAAUGAAUCAGAUGAACCACCUCAACACGAUAGCUAACAUGGCUGCAGCAGCCCAAAUGCACAGUCCUCUCUCCAGGGCAGGGGCCUCUGUUAUAAAGGAACGGAUUCAGGACAGCCCCUCUCCAGCUCCAUCUCUAGAAGACAGUCAGCGGCCUGGGAGCCAUGCUUCCUCCCAUCAGAGCAGCAGCGUGUCCAGCUCGCCCUCCCAGUUGGACAACACACCUGACAGAAUUGCUAUGCUGACCAACAACAGGGAAGGAGAACUCAUUGAUCAAGAAACUGGGACCAGCCUAAAAAAAAUACAAAAGGAGAAAGAAGAGGUCCAAAUUGCCAUUCCAAUAAUGAAACCAACCUUAGAUAAAGUCCAACUGGCUGGACAGGCCUUGCCUCCUGGAUUUCCGGCGCCAUUUCUUUUUGCUGAUGGUCUUUCAUCAGUAGAAACACUAUUAACCAACAUCCAGGGCCUGCUGAAAGUGGCCGUGGACAAUGCAAGAGUCCAGGAAAAGCAGAUACAACAAGAAAAGAAAGAGUUAAAGAUGGAACUUUCUAGAGAGAGAGAACUCAGAGAGAGCUUGGAAAGGCAACUUACAGCUGAGCUGCAAAGCAGAGCAACAAUUCAGAAACGCUUGAAGAAAGAAAAAAAGGCAAAGAGAAAAUUGCAGGAAGCUUUGGAAUUUGAAUCCAAGAGAAGAGAACAAGUGGAACAGGCGCUGAAACAGGCCACAUCAGGUGACGGUCUCAGGAUGUUAAAUGAUGCUGGAAUCCCAGAGAUGGAAAUAGAACACAACGGAACCCAACACGACAGUGCAGCAAUGCAAGAAAACAGAACAUACAUCAAACCCACCAUCAUGUACUGAAGGGAACACAUAAUGGCUGAGAAAUGUACAAUGACCACUAUUUGAAGACUUCUGUAGUUCCUGACAAACGACCCUUCCAACCUUUGAUGCCUUCAGUACUGUGUGAAGAGGAGGAUUUGUAGCAUGAAACUUGAAGGACGAUUCCAAGCAGUUCACUGCUGCAGCACCGCAAACUGCCGCGCUAGGGAACCCCGAGACUUUGGACAAGCUUACCGUACCAAACCAAGCCUCUUGCAACAGAUCAUUUCUAGGUCCCCAGAGAUAGGAAGGAGUUUUAGUAUUUUUAAGCACAUUGCAGGAAUUCUUCCCCUCCCCCCGCCCCGGCCCCUGCCCAAAAGACCUUCUUUUUGUUUGGUUUUCUAAGGAGGUAGCUAUUACUGUACGGCAAUGGCACAAUGAUUUGAAGCCCCCGAGGCCCUGACUGGCUGUCCAUCAUACCAGCCCAGUCCACCACUGAAACUGUUCACGAUGGAGCUGUUUCGAUUGUGUUUAUAAAUUAAGCUUUGUUUACUGAAGCAGAUACUCAAUAUAUUUACGUUUUAAAGAAGAAAUGUGUGUACAUUUUUUAAAAGAAUGAUGUAAAAAUUGUCCUUUCCUUAGCUGACCAACUCAGAAGUGUGAGCUGACCCCUGACAGCUGACGGCACACCAGGAUUCCAAUCGAUGCUUUUUUUUUAUGCUCAGCUUGGCUUUUGGUCUUUUAAGAUGAAAACAAAAUGAAUAUGCAGUAGUGUUAGGUAAUGGAAACUUUUCGGUCUGGUUUCUCUGUUGUACCAUAUUAAGUUAAAGUACACAUUCUUUGUUAAAGAUGUUCUUGCUAAAAUACAGUAUUAAACAUUUUUUUGUUUGA